AACCCCUGACAAUCGAGAAAUCAAGAAAGCUCGACGACCUCUAUCCUCUUCUUCUUCUUCUCUUCUUCUUCUUGGAGACGGGAGAGCACCAGAGGUCAAUUGUGCCCUAAAAUGGAGGCAUUGGAGAUGAGAAGAGGGAUCUGAGCUGGUUCUGUGAAUGGAUCCAGUGGCAAUGGCGUCUCAGGGCGUAGCGGGGGAGAUGUGGCAGUAUGGGAUGCUUGGAGGGGCGAGGAUUGGGGGUCGAGAUGUAGCGUCUGUGGGGGAUUCCACUGUCACGGAACAGAGCACCGGUGGGGGUGGUGGUGGCCGUAGCCGGAGGAAAUGGACGGAUAUCACCGCCGCGGGGUCGGAAGGUGACUCUUCGAAGCUCGUGUCUUCCAGCAGCGGCAAUGAAUUGGCUGAUUGUGAAGGUAAACGGAUAAAGAUAAUGAAAUCCAUCGAAGAUAAUAGCAAUUCCAGAUCUGAGGCUGAGGCUAGUUCAGGCAAUUGCAACAAGUCGGUAGAUCAAAAUGGUCAACCAUCUGAACCAUCCAAGCAAGAUUACAUCCAUGUGAGAGCAAGAAGAGGCCAAGCAACUGACAGCCACAGCCUGGCCGAGAGAGCUAGAAGAGAGAAAAUAAGUGAACGGAUGAAGAUCCUACAAGAUCUUGUCCCUGGAUGUAACAAGGUAAUUGGCAAAGCAUCAGUACUUGAUGAAAUUAUCAAUUACAUCCAGGCAUUACAGCAUCAGGUUGAGUUCCUGUCAAUGAAGCUGGAAGCUGUAACUUCGCGAGUGAACUCAGGCAUGGAAGGCUUUACCCUGAAAGAUUUUGGUGCACAGCCAUUUGGUACAGCUCCUAGUUUGGCAUUUGGUUCUCAGGCAAGAGAAUUUGAGCAGGAACCAACUUCAGAAUGGCUUCAUAUGCAAGUAGGUGGUGCUUUUGAGAGAGUAACAUAACUUAUGUGAGAUCAUCCUCUUGAGGACAAUAAGGGCACUCACUUAAAUGAAGCAGCUCUAAUACCGCAGUUUGUUCACCCUCGUAUUAUCUUAGUUCAUGGAUUAUUUUCAAAUGCAUUUCUAUGUCUAAUUUAGACCUAUUCUCCAUUAUUACUAUGCACAUGUUUGGAAGAGAUCACAUAUUGUGUCCAUAUUCUAGCAUAAGGGAAGAUAAUUUUUCUUCCCUUUUUCCCUGUUGUAUGAGAUAUUCUGUGCUUCAGAUGAUGUCUAACAUGAAUGCUCUGCAAACUAUGUUAAUGUACUUCAUAAUUCAACAAAAGAGUUAGCGCUGCUGGAGUACAUAGAAAUUCUUUUUUGUACC